CUGUUGUAGCUGGUGCUGCUUUUGUUAUUGCCUUCAUCAUCACAGAUGAUGAACUGAGAUUUUUUCUCUCUUCGCCCAUUUCUCCGGUUUAUUAUUGUUUGUGUAGUGCGGUUGACGUGUUGUGUGACUGAGUGCUAUUUGCUAUUGUAGAUAUUUUCAGUUUUAGUUUUUUUUCACAUAAAAGCAAAUAAUUUUCACACACAAAACGAAAAUUUUCUACUAUCUACACUGAAAAUACAGCAAGCAUAAAAUUAGUGAAAUAUUUGCACGAUUUCAAAUUGACUUCUAGGUCUUUUGGUAAAGCUACAAUAACAACAAUGAAUCCAAACUUCGGCUUUCAUCUGUCAUCUGGACUACCACCGCCGCCACCAACCAUCCAACCUCAUUCGAUGCAAAACCCCCAAAUUCCGCCAGCACCGGCCGGCAGCCCAACCGGUCGGCAAAGUGUACCAGGCCGUCGGACACCUUUGGGAAAUGUUGGUAUCGGCGGGUUUUAUGCACAAAGCGCUUUAUCGCCAUCUCACAUCCAACAUCAAACCGAUGAAAAUUUACCAAGUGGCAGCAGAGAACGGUCACCCACAAGCCACCAAGCACCGACCACUGGUCCAGGAAAGACGAAAAACCGACAAGGAAAGACUGUCCGAUUGAACAUUAAUGCACGUGAACGUCGACGAAUGCACGAUUUAAACGAUGCUCUUGAUGAACUUCGCAGCGUCAUUCCAUACGCACACUCACCAUCAGUUCGAAAGCUAUCGAAAAUUGCUACACUCCUAUUAGCUAAAAAUUAUAUUCUUAUGCAACAGAACGCUUUGGAGGAAUUGCGUCGCCUUUUGACCUACAUUCAAAGUACAACCGGUGCCGCUCCAUUGGAUUUAGCUUCGUUCCCAGCUGCUGCCAAAUUACAGCAGCUGCUGAAUGCACCCAGUCACGAACUACCCUCCAACAAUCCAUAAACAUUCAAGUGGCGUCGCACUUGUUUCGAUAGAAAUGGAAUCGCGAGACGAUAUGAGCAUAUACUCAAAAUGAUGCGAUCGCUGGAAGGCGUCAACAUUUUAAUGCAAGAUUAACUUUCUGACAUUGAUAUUUAUUUAGUAGUCAUACCAUUGUACGUUCAAUGAAAACGAUUUAAACUGUAUUCUCGUGUGCCAAAGUAUAGAUUGACUGAUUGCAGUGAACGUCACUUUGCAAGUGAUUGGUUCACGCAUUAGGUUAUAAGUGAUAUAUUUUCCUUUUUUCGUAAAGUAAUUUCAAUGCCAAACAGAUUGAUUGAAUUUCUAGUCCCAGACCACAUAGAUUUUUAUUUCUCUUUUCACCGCAAAACACGAAGUGUCGACAAAAUUGUGUCCAAAAAUUUUAUUUAUAUUUUUUUCCGAAGUCAAAAGGCUUCAUUAUUCAUAACGUUUUAUUCAUAAGGAAAUGAUGAUGAAUUAGUCUUUCAAAUUAUAAAAUCGAAAUAAAGAGAUAAAAUGAAGUAGUAAAUAUAGAAAACACCGAAUGCCGAAUGUCUUUUGUUUGUUUAUGUCAUGUGCGCCUCCGC